AUGAUAUUUAUCACAUAAAUUUCUCGCACCCUCUAUUGACAAAAAGGCGAGUGAUACAUUCACCCCUUUUUGCACCCCCUCCAUCCCCUUGCUGCUGGAGCGCAAAUUGGCACAGUGAGGAAGGCGUGGCGUUCUCCAAACAGGCACCACCACAAACGCAGGUCGGUCUGUGGUUUCUCGCGGGCAGCCUAACCAGUAUGGCCAGCCGCUGAUUGCGAGCCAAGGGGAGACAUGGUCGAGGUGCCGAGCCGGCGGGAGGAGCUGCUCCAAGGGUUGAUGGACAAAACCCGCUCUGGUCUGCAGUCGGUGUUGCGGCCGUCGACGUCGAGGACACGGCUCUUCAACGGACUCAGCUCGCGCCUCGAGUCGGCGCUGUCAAUCCGAUCAAACAGCUCGGACCUGCAAACGCCUUGCGAGGAAAAGCCGCAAAUUGACGUCAGCAACGAGAACCCUGAGAAGGAGAUACGAGUGAACAGUCCCAACGGGUCCAUUGUGGCGAGCGGCGCCGAUCCCUUUGAGCGCCUCACUUACAAAAUUGAUGCACAAAGCAGUGGCUCCGACAACGAUGGAUAUGGGCCAAGCACUCUCAGCGUUGAAUCGGAUAAGAAGCAGUACAUCCAAUCAGGUUCGGAGGGGUCGAUCCAGUCAUGGGCUUCAAGUUUGAGUUUGGAUUCACAAACCGAUGAAGCGACAGUGGAGGCCAUCGAGUUUAUGAAAAUUUUCGUGGCCACGUUGUUCAGUGAUAGCAACUCAAUAAAUAGGGAUCAGAAAGCUGCCUUCGGUAAAUUUGCCCAGGAUGAGCCUGGGAGGCUGUGGUUUGCCCGGUUUGUCAAUGCUCAAAGAGCACAACAUAAAAGAGUGCCUGAAUCAACCUUCUUCAGCCUGGCUCAGUACUUUGCCAUAAUUUUAUUUGAGUGCGCUGACUCGGACGACUUUGGGCCUGCUAAAACCUUAAUGAACAUGUGUUUCACCUUUUAUUACGAAUCCAAGGGUCCGCCACCAAUGCGGCAGUACAUAUUCACUGUGCUCAAAGAUCAGCCCAUCUUUCAUUCGUUGCGCUUUUGGAACGCAGCCUUUUUUGAAGCGCUGCAAGGGGAAAGAUCGGUCAGGCCAGUGGCUACGAGAGAAGAUGUUCUCAACAACCAGAUGGAAGCAAUCACAGAUGAGAGAGCAUAUCAGGAGAACAUCACUUUCGGCCAGUUGGGCACGUUUACAAGCAAUAUGCAUGCCUUUGGGCUGACGAAAGAUAUGUUAAUGGAGUUCUUGAGAAAACAGUGCACAAUCGCUAGUCUCAGCGAGGAGCAAGAAAAAAUGCUGCGGGAUAACUUAGACGAUUUGUAUGUCACGGAACCAACAUGCCAACCUACUCCAACAAAGUCGCUUUGGCACUCCUGAAUUGCUUCUUUCCAAUCCAUCUUCCCCAGACUUCGAAUUAGACAUUUAACUUGAAAAAAUUGAUUAAUAAUUACUACUGUAAUAAUAUCAAUCGAACGAGACCUUGAAAUGCAAUUAAUGCGCCUUGAACUUUACUUUUGCCUAUAGAAAGUAGAAAUAGUUAUAUAAACUGGAAAGCAACUAACUAUAGUGGCCGUCAUUUUUGUUCAUCGACAAUAACACAAUAACUAUCCAGAGCCAUUUAAAUAAUGAGCUCCCAGAAUAAAUCAUGCUAACAUGUUAUGACUAUAGCUGAUAAUAUAAUAAUGUUGCCCUGUGAUUUUUUUUAAUUGCAAUCAUGGCGAAUAAAGUUUUCUAUCUCUGCCAUA